UAUUGUUGUAGGAAAUUCCCAUUACACAUCGGUGGCGGGAGUUUUCGUCAGAUGACAGCUGCGGAAGAGUUUAACACUUUGUGCCGAGUAAACAAGAAAUCUGAAAUGGGAAACAGCAGCUCGGGAAGCUUCUGCCAGAACAUUCUUCUCUUUUUUGGCUUUGGUACUAGAAACCGCGAUGCGUUACUAUCGGAAUACGAACAUCUGCUUCAGGACGACGGAAAAAACACGAGGCAGUUCUGUUCUUUGAAGAAACUCUUCACUGAAGACUGGAAAAGCUACAUUAAAGCUAAUGGUCACUACGGCUCAUACCGCUUCAUCAACACAUGCGUCCUUGAUGCACUCCUCGUUGCUCUUCAUGUCUGUCACACCAAAUAUAAACACAUUCAGGAACUCUUCCAAUCUGACCGGACGAUGUAUCCAGUCAUGGCUUUUUUAGAUCAACACAGGUACAAUGAAGCCAAAGCUCUGUGGCUGAUGAAGUUAAAUCUUUUUUCUGAUGAUUGCAAUUUCAAAAUGUCUGGUACAGUCAACGUUUGGAGUACAGUCAAAGACCACCUGCCAAUGUUUUACGACAUGAAAUCUUCCCGAGACCAUUUUUCUGAAACUGGAGCCAAUCAUGGAGCUGCUGAUCGUCUACAUAAAAGCAUCCUUGGGGAGUUCCAGCGCUUUAAGGAAGUGAUAUCUUUGGGCAGUUACGGAGACCCCUGCUUAAUACUGAUUAACAGUGAUGCUGGUAUGGACAGAGCCCCUCCCCUGAAAGUCAAGGACAAGUAUGACAGGACCUUCGAGCUUCAGUUCAUGCUCUUAUGGAAGAAGAGUGUGCCAGUAGAACACAUGGUUGUGUGCUGCAAUCUUGGAGAUCAAUGGGUCCUGUACGAUAAUAAUCCUGAUGUGCCACCCGAUCAAGAUUUCAACUUUGACUCUGCAGACUAUAAAAAUCAGUAUCCUAUUUACUUGACUGGCUAUGUCAACACUACACAACAAGAAAGAGAGUGAUGGCGUCACUUUGUCUGAAGUGGGAUUAAGACCUCAUCAUGGACCAACACCAUGGGAUUGGAAGUCUGAUUUAGAAUAUAAAAUACUUUCUGAACAAACAAUUUUAUUUUAAGCUACCUUAUUUUAGACUCAUGUCGUCUUUUUGCUGUGGAAUGCUAGGAGCAUGCUCUACGAAGCCGACACACAUGUUAUGAAAAUCAACAACUAACUUAAAGUAUCUCCAUACGUCUGACUUUCCUUAGCAUUGGACCAAAGGUAGCUCACCUGAUGUCAUUUUUUUGCCAUAGCUUAGCCAUAGCUUUAUAUAAAAAAAAAAAAAAAAAACAGAACCUGACCCAGGCUGAGGAAAGUUGUUUUUAAAUGAAGGUUUUUAUUAUUAAGGAAUUAUUUGUUUAAGUAGUAUUCAUAAUUGAACGUUUCUGUUACAUCUUUCUGUGUAAAUAUCUGUGUUUUUAUAGUUUGCACAUUAUAAACCUCUCAUGUGAACUUUAUCCUUAGUUAACUAAAGUAGCUUUAUGCAUCGCUAGCUGCGUUAGCCUAAACCAAGCCUGUUAUACUGGUAAAAUCCUACUGCUCCACAAAUACACACCGCAGAGCAGGAGUUACUACUUUACAGGUGCUAGUAGUUUACUGCUUAGCUUAGCAGAUAACAUAUACAUUUAAGUUACCUUGUUGCAGCCUGAUGUAGAUCUUAGUUAUGACCUGCCUUUAGUGCUGUUUAGCAAAGCCUGUUUAGACUGGGCAGGUGCCGCUUGUAGGAGAGGUAGAGGAGAAAUGCUAAAAAUACUAUAAUAUUUAUAAUAUGUGAUACUAAUACUAAAACCUGUACUUAGCAUUAUAUUGAUUGUAUUUUACACGACAGACAGAUAAAUAAACAGCUAAAUAUCUAGAUAGUUGCUAGGAAUGACCAUAAGUAACGUUUACUAUUAAUCGUUUUGGACAUAACAAAUCACGCAAUACAUAAACACAUUCAUCACAUUCAGUCACUAUAGAGACGAACUGUCGGUUUCUGGCUAUAUUUUGGAGUACUUAUCACUGCCGAGGUAUUAAUCAGAUGUGACACGGCUGCUCCUCUGUUGUUACUGACUGCACCUCACAUUAGUGCGUGUGUAGCUUGACUGUGUUAGCCAGCAUAGUCUAGAUCACAUUAGCAUUAGCUAGCACCUUGCUAACCUAUCUAUCUCUCUCAGAUACCCUCUGACAUGUUAUCGCAGCUGCACUCAGAUCACUGAUAUGAAUGUGAACACUCAAUUUUUUUAUUAAUUUCAACACCAGUGCCUAGUAAAUUAGUGGUUAUUAGUGGUUGUGAUAAAUUACAUGACUAAAUUAGCUAGCUAGUUAGCUUGCGUUACCUGUUCAGGGGAAAAGAAGCAGCUCUGGGUCGGUCUUGUCGCCAUUUUGAGCUCUAAGUCUCCAACUUUCAAACUCACUGCCAAUAUUCACUCUUGUUAUAUUCAUUCUUUGUUAUAUUCCUUCUUUGAGACUUCUUUGAGGCUGAGGUUUAACUGAACCAGCCCUGCUAGCUAGCUUUCAUGCUGCAGCACUGCUCGCUGUUGUGUACUGGUGACCUCGGAUAAAAUGAUCAGAAUACACAUCCUGAUCAUUUUAUCAUUUACUACUGAAAAUAAUGUACAUAUAAAGUACAUAUUUUUAUAAACAGCAAGAAACUACUGAAAUGUGUGGUAAACAGCUGGAAACUCACUGUCAGUGUUUUACAGUCUUUAACAGAAAUCACAGUAUUUUAAUGUUUUUAUUAAACAGGAAGGAACUGUAAAUAUGAUGGUAAGCUGCUGGAAACCCUGCUGCCACUAUUUUAAUAUUUACAUAUUUUUUAGGGUGUAAUUAAGAUCGUCAGCCUUCUUCUCUUCUACCUAAACCUGUAGACUUGAUAAAGCCAGUAAACCUCAUCUUCUCUUUUAUAAAGAUAAAAUCUUUCUCCAGCUUACUGUUAGAAUGAAGUGCCUCCUGCAGUUAAAUGUAAUCUUCAGCGCCUUUUUUAUUUUUUUUAAUUCUCCUGUUCUCCAAGUUAGGAAAGCAAUGUAGAGUCUGAGCUGGGUCUCAUUUCGGCAAUAGAUUGCAAUACACUAUGUUAACGUCACAUUCCAUGUUAAGAGACAAGAGGUAUAGCACACAAAAAAGACCAAUAUCAAUAACAUGACAAUACAAAAAAAUAAACUACUAAUAAAACAAUAUUCAUAAAUAUUAGAUAUUGAAAAUGUAUAUUAGCUGGUUAAUGUGAGAUUAUUAUCUAGAAGUUUUCAAAUUUUCUGAUCUGGUUUCCUGCCAUGAUUGCAUUGAGAUUUACUUUAGUUUUCCUUUGCUGUAAAAUGGACCUUUUGGAGAUACAAGGUUUUUGUGUGACAAUGAUGAUAAAGACACACCCUUUUCUUGUCUUACUAGAUAAGUAAA